AUGGCGGGUGCAUCAGUGAAGGUGGCGGUGCGAGUCCGCCCGUUCAACUCCAGAGAGAUCGGACGCAACUCCAAGUGUGUGAUCCAGAUGCAGGGAAACACCACCUGCAUCUCCAACCCCAAACAACCCAAAGAUGGAGCCAAGAACUUCACCUUUGACUACUCCUACUGGUCACACACAACGCUCGAUGACCCCGGCUUCGCCUCUCAGACGCAGGUGUAUAAGGACAUCGGGGAGGAGAUGCUGCUGCACGCCUUCGAAGGAUACAACGUGUGUAUUUUUGCGUACGGACAGACGGGUGCAGGAAAAAGCUACACUAUGAUGGGCAAACAGGAGCCUGGACAGGAAGGCAUCAUACCACAGCUGUGUGAGGACCUGUUUCAGAGAACAGGAGAAAACACAGAUCCUGACCUCACCUACUCCGUGGAGGUGUCCUACAUGGAGAUCUACUGUGAGCGGGUUCGGGACCUGUUGAACCCGAAGUCCCAGGGCACUCUGCGGGUGCGGGAGCACCCCAUCCUGGGGCCCUACGUGGAGGAUCUGUCCAAACUGGCCGUGACCGGAUUCACGGACAUCCGGGACCUGAUGGACGCCGGCAACAAAGCUCGGACGGUCGCGGCUACAAACAUGAACGAGACGUCGUCCAGGUCCCACGCUGUCUUCACCAUCGUCUUCACCCAAAAGCGACGCGACCAGAUGACCAGCCUGGACACGGAGAAGGUCAGUAAGAUCAGCCUGGUCGACCUGGCUGGAAGUGAACGAGCAGACUCCUCGGGGGCGAAGGGCACUCGGCUGAAGGAAGGAGCAAACAUCAACAAAUCUCUGACCACGUUAGGAAAAGUGAUUUCUGCUUUGGCUGAAAUGCAGAGCAGCAAGAAGAGGAAAAGUGAUUUUAUUCCCUACAGAGACUCUGUUCUCACCUGGCUACUGAAGGAGAACCUGGGAGGAAACUCGCGCACAGCAAUGAUCGCUGCUCUAAGUCCUGCUGACAUCAACUAUGAAGAAACACUGAGCACUCUGAGGUACGCCGACCGUGCCAAACAGAUUCGCUGUAACGCCGUGAUCAACGAAGAUCCGAACGCCAAACUGAUCAGAGAGCUGAAGGCUGAAGUGGAGCGGCUGAGAAACCUGCUGUUCUCCCAGGGCCUGCAGGAGCUGCUCAACAACGCCGUCAAUAACAGCAGCAGCCUCGGGGGUGUUGCAGGUGCACCCCCCUCCCCUCUUCAGCUGGCUCUCACAUCCAAUGGGAUUGCACCUAAGAACGGCUCCGCCCCUCCAGGUGCUGAACCAAAGUCUGAAGGUGACGCUCCUGCUGACCCCGAUCAGCUGAUCGAGGACGGAGAGGAAGGAGAGGAGGGAGAGUCCACGGAGAACAUCAGUAAAGAGGAAGCAGCUGAGAGACUGCUGGAAACGGAGAAAAUCAUCGCUGAGCUGAACGAGACGUGGGAGGAGAAGCUGAGGAAGACCGAAUCCAUCCGUCAUGAGAGAGAGGCCCUGCUGGCAGAGAUGGGCGUGUCCAUAAAGGAAGAUGGAGGAACGCUGGGCGUCUUCUCUCCUAAAGGAACGCCUCACCUGGUCAACCUGAAUGAGGACCCUCUGAUGUCUGAGUGCCUCCUCUAUUACAUCAAGGAGGGCUUCACCAGGGUGGGACAGCAGGACGUGGACAUUAAGCUGUCGGGUCAGUUCAUAAAGGAGAUUCACUGUGUGAUUGUCAGUGAGACCAACGAGCAGGGAGAAGUGGUGGUCACCCUGGAGCCGUUAGUGGGAGCAGAGACGUACGUUAACGGGAAGCAGAUCACCGAAGCCGUCGUGUUGAAACAAGGUAACCGCAUCGUGAUGGGGAAGAAUCACGUGUUUCGGUUCAACCACCCGGAGCAGGCGAGGCUGGAGAGGGAGCGCAGCGCCACGGCCGAGCAGCAGGGGGAGCCGGAGGACUGGAACUACGCCCAGAGGGAGUUGCUGGAGAAGCAAGGCAUCGACAUCAAACUGGAGAUGGAGAAGAGACUGCAGGACGUGGAGACUCAGUACCGUAAAGAGAAGGAGGAGGCUGACCUGCUGCUGGAGCAGCACAGACUGUAUGCAGACAGCGACAGCGGCGACGACUCGGACAAACGAUCCUGUGAGGAGAGCUGGAGGCUCAUCUCCUCCCUGAGAGAGAAGCUUCCUGCCAACAAGGUGCAGUCCAUAGUGAAGCGCUGCGGUCUGCCCAGCAGCGGGAAGAGGAGGGAGCCUCUGCGAGUGUAUCAGAUCCCCCAGAGGAGGAGGAUCAGCAAAGACCCCAAACGGGUCACCAUCGAGGACCUCCGCAUGCAGGCCGUCAAAGAGAUCUGCUACGAGGUGGCUCUGGGAGACUUCCGUCACUCCCGUCAGGAGAUCGAGGCGCUGUCCAUCGUCAAGAUGAAGGAGCUGUGCCGCAUGUACGCUAAGAAGGAUCCCAGCGAGAAGGAGAGCUGGAGGGCCGUGGCCCAGGACGUCUGCGACACUGUGGGCAUCGGAGAGGAGAGGAGCCCCCCAGCUGAGGAGGGGGGAGGUGGAGGAGGAGGUGGUGGUGGUGGUGGUGGUGGUAGUGGUGGUGGAGAGACAGGGGAAGGCGGAGAGAAAGGGGGCGUGUACGACCUGAAGGCUCACAUCGAUAAACUGACGGAUAUUUUGGAGGAGGUGAAGCUGCAGAACAACAUGAAGGACGAGGAGAUCAAAGCUCUGAGAGACCGAAUGAUCAAGAUGGAGAGCAUCAUUCCCGUUCAGGACGAUGACAUAAACGGCGAAAGAGACGAGUCCCCUCGGAGAGAGAGAGACGAGGACGGGGGCGAUGAAAGCCCCAACCACCCUGAGGUCAGAGUUCAGCGGCUGAUGGAGGAGGACCCGGCCUUCAGGAGAGGGCGCCUCCGCUGGAUGAAGAAGGAACAGCAGCGGCUCCUGAACCUGCAGCAGCAGAACAUCACGAAGAAACUACGAGGACAGAACCAAACCCAAGGUCAGAACACCCCCGUCGUACCCAUUCACCUCCCAGGAACAGGCCGCUUCAUCCCUCCCCAGGAGUGCAAGCUCAAGUUCCCCUUCAAGAGUAACCCCGCCCACCGACUGUCCUGGGGACCCGCCAGCGCCGCACUGCAGGCUCUGGGUCUGUUCGAAGGUGGAGGAGGGAGCGAUGGCGGAGAACAGAAGGAGAAUGGAGGAGGUGGAGGGGAGGCUAAAGGUUCUCCCUCACCUCCGCCUCCCCCACAGGGUCAGCCACCUGCUCUCUUGCCCCUCCCUUUCCCAGCUCAGCCCCCUCGCAUGCGCACCCCAAGCCCUCAACGUGCCUGGCAACAGCGUAACCAAGGUAACCAGGGCAGCUUCCACUACCACAACCAGGGCAGCAACCAAAACCAGCAGCGCCGCUACCGCCGCAACUCCCUGGACAGCUCACCACAGGGCAACGAGAGCUACGACAGUGACCAGCAGUUCGGCAACGGCGGUCACCAGGGCCGACCGAGGCAGAGGAGGGGGUUUUCACCUGGGCCGGGGGGGGAGAGAGGAGGAGGCGGAGGCAGAGGAGGAGGAGGAGGAGGAGGAGGAGGAGGGAGGGACAGAGACAGAGACAGAGACGGAGGCUUCCAUUUUAAUCAACGCCAGCACCAUCAGUACCACCACCAUCCCUACUACAACCCCCACAAUGCACCAUUCCAGCCUGGACCUUACCCCAACUACCACAGCCUGCCGCGCUCCGGGGCCCCGCCCCUUCCUGCUGACAUGCUACUGGGCAUUGCUCCGCCACCGGGGCCGUGGAACUUCAACACUCCGCCCAGGAUGAGGCGGCAGUUCAGCGCACCGGACCUCAAAAACAACAACAAGGAGACGCCGAUCUGACCUCUGACCUCCGGCACAUGGAGGCUCCUGAUUGGCUGAUUGGGACACAGGGCAAUCCUGAUGCUGUAGAGAGUUGGCUGUGUGUGUGUGUGUGUGUGUGUGUGUGUGUUUGUUUGAGCACAUUGACACACCUUGUAUCCUCUGUCCUGCUUUGUGUGUGUGUGUGUGUGUGUGUGUGUAUGUGUGUGUGUGUGUGUUAAGCUUUUAGGUUAGCACAGGUGAGCUGUUAGCAACACUGUUGUGCAGAAAGUGAAAUUUAAUUUGUUUUAUUUGAGUUUGUCGAGCUCUCAGACUUUUGUCAUGUAACGAUUUAGCUUCUUUCUUUAUUUCACCGACCGCUGACGUUCGGGCGUCGCUCCGCCGCGGGUGACGAGGUGCCUUAAAGCCGACGUGUCUGCUGGUGAAGCUGGUUGUGUUUGUAAAGAUGAAGUACGUCAGUUAGCAGGGUGGUGUUUCUGAGUUAGCUCAGUUUUUUUAGAUUUUAGUGCUAGCAGGUGAAACUGGGAGCUUAGCCUAGCCUACGCUGCAUUCAAGUUCCAUGGGAAUAAUGGGAAUUACGACCUGUUAAACAUGCUUCACCUAGUCUCCAUGAAACUGAUUAUGAAUUCAGUCAGAAACAGUUUCCAAAAGGCGAUCAAGAGCUAAUUAUUCACGAAACACAGCUUAUAGACAGAUUUUGACUUGAGCUUAAACCACCCCCCCCCACACACACACACACAUACUGGCUAGACUGCUCAUACUUAUAAAAUUAAGAUGUAGAUAAACUUUAUACAGUUUAACAACUUGAAUAUUGAUUUAGAGUUGAGUAAAACAUGAUUGAAAUGACCUCCCUACUUAACUAUGUGAACGAAUAAAAUGCAGCUGAACCUUUUUCCCGUCACAUUGAUCACCUGUGAGCUGUUUUUGUUUCCUUAAAGCUUGAAACUCGUAUUUACACCCUCUCCCGUGCAGCUUGAAUGCAGCACUGUUGAGUGCUACAAACCAAAGAAAGUGGCUCUUUGGCGCCUCCUAGUGAGCAUGAAAGCAUCAGUGCAUAAACAGUUAGUGCCAAUGGUGACGUCAUCGUUUCUGCUCACAGUUACGGGGCUUUUGCAGAAGUUGGGGGUGAGACCGGGGAGCGCAGUGGGCCCCUGAGAGGGAGGAGGCGCAGAGAGGAAGAGGAGGAGGUGCUGUUUUACCUGUCAGACGUUGUUUUUUAAAGAGCUGUGUGUGUAUAUUUGAAGUGUUUCUCGAAUCUGUUUUUAAACACCUGAAACGUUCUGACGGUGAGUUCACUGUCUCUGGCAAUCGUGGGAAAUGCAAGUGAUGUGUAACACAAGAUGAGAUGUGGGAUUUACUUAGAGACAUAAUCAUGAAGGGAUGGGUUAUAGUUUAUGUAGGGCUGGUUGAGUGAGGAAUUCUGGGAAAUGUAGUGAGAAGCGGAAGGUUUUGUGGUAAGAAGAAAGAAGAACGUGAAGUACAGUAAGCUUUUUGUUUUUUUGAAGCAGUAACAGACACUACAGUGAGUCGGGUGUGAUAGGAGAUUCCUGCUGUAAGGAUCUGACACUUUUUACUUUAUGUCCACUUCAAGGGGGAGAGGAAAAUUCACUACUGCCUUCCUCGCACGUCAGGGUCCUGGAAAUUGUGGCUUCCACCUGUUUGAUGUUGCAUUUAACAUCUUUUUUUCAAACGUGACAUUCACACCCAUAUUUUUGUCCGUGUUGUGUUCACUGCACAUCUGUAAGACAGGAAACACAUUUCCAGCUUCCCGCGUCACAGCGAAUGCGGCCCCCCCAGUGCUUUUUAAUCGACCUGAAUGAAGAUGAGUUUACUGCCAGGAGGAGCUAGGAGAGGUGGUGGCACCACAGAAUUGUGGGAGAUAACAAGUGGAGUGUCUCUGAGCUCCGUGACUUUUUUAAGGCUUUUUCAUAAAAAGGUUAGAACCAACCAAUGGAAGCGCUCCUUCCUGCUGCAGGAGGGACACGUCGCCAUGAUGAUGAUGAUGACGAAAACAGAAGAAAUGAUUGUGAUUAGCCCGAGAAGCAUGGCGUCAGCAAAAUAUCUGGAAUUGACCAAUCAUAGGACAAUCUCUAAACCUGCUGCCACCGCCGGGCCUGAUGGGAAAUUAUUUUAUUUUUUUUUAUGUUUUUCUUUUUAAUUUCCAGUUUGGGCCUCUGAUUGGCUGUUUGUUUUUCCUGUGUAUCACUUGCAUCAUGUACUGAGUAUUUUAACCAUCCUCCAUGUUUGACCUUUGCGUUAUGAUGUCAUCAGUCAUCAUCACUUAUUAAUAUAAUUAUCCUAAAGUUAUACGUGUCAUUAAUAUUUGGUUCUUGUGGAUGCUGCUAAAGGGAGUUUCGCUGCCCUCACGCAAACUGUUGAGUGUGUGUGUGUAUGUUGGGCGUCUGUGUGUGUGUAUGUUGGACAUCUGUGUAUGUGUUGGGCGUCCGUGUGUGUGUGCUCUAUGGGUUAAUUUAGAAUCACACUUUAAAGUUUGUUUUACGUCAUAAAGCUGAUUUUAGUUAUUUCUUAUUUGUUUAGUUUUGUUAUUUUUGGAGGUGGAGAGGGGGGCUUGAGGGGGUGUUGCCAUGGCAGCCAUGACUCAGCAGAAUUCCAGAACAUUCUAGAACUCCCCUCACUGACAGGCUGCGCCCGUUCCCUGCACCUCUGCUCCAAUCACAACCUCAGAAUCUGUGACAUCACAGUGCAGUGUCGCUUCAGGACUCUGGAACACGGAUGGACAUGAUGACAUCAUGGUGUGGCCUUCUUCCUAUUGGCUCAGAGCCCCUCGGUUGUUUUUUUUGUUUGUUUUUGGGGUUUUUUUUUCCUGUGUUGGGUUGUCUUUUGUUGUUUUUGUUUGUAUCAGGAACCAAUCUCAGGCUCUACCUGCAGACAACAUGAUGGCAAUAAACUGUC